UUUGGAGUUUCACUCUUCAAAACUUCAAAUUUGAAGUUUUGAAGUUCCUUUUUGGAGAACAAAAAACUCUAUAUUUGGAGUUAUAGAGUUUCUUUUGGAGAUGCUCUAACAAUAAAGGAACUAAAAUUGCUGAUCGGCGUUUGUAAUCACAGUGAUAUAAGAGCACCAUUAACCCAAAACCCCAAAUAGGGGUGCUUAUUCUUUUUUAAAUAAUUUAUGUUGUAAAAGUGAUUUACGAUGCAACGCUAAGCAUCCUUAACAUUUUCGUGCUUCAAUGGGAAGUUUUUAUUUUGGGGUUUUAAAAAAAAAUAAAAAUAUUUUUUGAAAGAUGCAUUUUAUUUAUUAAAUAAAACAUAAAAAAGAAAUAUUUAAACAUAAAUUCUAAAAUAAAAACGUAGAUUUUUUCUUUUUCAUCUUUGGGUGUCAUUUUGGUCAUUUUUAUAAAUAAAAAAUGGUGCUAGUUAGGUCAUUUUCAUAUUUGGGUGUCAUCUUGGUCAUAAAAACAGUGUUUGGGUGUUAUUUUCGUCAUUUUGGAAACAAAAUUGGUGUUAGCUAACUUAUUUUCACAUUUGAGUGUCAUUUUGAUCAUAAAAACAGUGUUUGAGUGUUAUUUUGGUCAUUUUCAAAAAAAAAUCGGUGUUAGUUAGAUCAUUUUCAUAUUUGGAUGUUAUUUUAGUCAUAAAAACAGUGUUUCAAAAAAAAAAUGUUUCAAAAAAAAAAGCUGCUCAAUGGCAGCGCGCCACAUGCCUUUAAGAUAUAGUGCUUAGAGCACCCUCAUUAGUGAACUUAUGGGGGGGGGGUUCACACAUAUUCCAAAAAAAAAAAAUAUUAAAAUAAGAAUAGUGAUGAACAUGUCUCUCUCCACCCCUUUCCAGUGAACCUGGUUCAUCACUGUAGCGCGGGCCCUACGGCACGUGGUGGUCCGCGACUGGUCCGAAAAAAUAAUUUUUUUUUUUUAUAAACAAAAAUCAUCCAAAAAAAAAAAUGCUUUGUGAACCCCUUUCAUGGGGUUCACUAAUGGGGAUGCUCUUAUUGUGUUUGUUUAAGCACCGAUGCUUCUCCUUUUUCAUAUAUAUAUAUUUUUUUUUUAAGUUGUUAAGCACCCCCGUUAACUAACUUAAGAUGAUGUACUUUUUAUUACAAACACAGUAUCUAGCUACUAUAAAUUUUAAUUAGAUACACUCCUAUUUGAAAAUUAUGUAGAAAUGUCAGAAUUGACUAUCGGUACACGAAGUGCCAUGUUAAUUAUUGGGAUGGUACCUACUAGCUAGGCAAUGUCGAGGAAUGACCAACUAAAAUUUUGUCCCAAAAAAUAAAAUAAAAUAAAAUACAUGUUGUAUAAGUAUACAUUGGACAAAUAAUACUAGUAGUUUAGAAGAAUUAUUAGCAUCUUGAAAAUUUAUUCCAUGUAUGCAUUAACACUGUCAGAAUUUUGAAUUUAUGAUUACAAUUCAUUGAUUAUUCAAAUUAAAGUUUUGAAUAAUAAGACUAUAGUGUGGUAAUAAAAACUUUUUAACGUAACAUUUCGAGUCAUCAUGCAUAAUGCUUUAAUAUACUCCCUCUAUUAAAAAUAUAUAUAUUUUUUCUAGAUUUAAUUUUUGUUCUAAAAUAAGAAAUUUUUAGAAUUUGAAGAUAUUUUAUUAAUUAAUAUUGAUAAAUUGUAUACUUUAAAAAACAUUGAGAAUAUUUGAAUUGAUUAGAUAUUAUUCGUUGAUAGUUAUUAAAAAUGUAUUGUAAAUUAUGAAUUUAGUUAUAAACAUUCAUUACAUUUUUAAUAUGUGUAAAUAUUUUAAAAAAUCAUUAGUAUUUCGAAAACAGAAGGAGUAUUUUGAAAGAUAAUAACCAACUAGCUUAAUUGAAAUGAUUGCAUAAUCAUGGUAUACAUUACUUCACUUGCGUCUAAUCUCGUGUAAGCUCAUUUUGAUUAGUCCUUCAUUAGAGGCUAGUAUUGACUAUUGAGUCAAUACAUUGAAACCUUGUUUAUGAUUUCAUGUGUGGACUAGCACUGAAUAUUGGAAUUAUCCAACACUUGUAUGUUUAGUAUUCAUGGGUUUUUUUGUUUAGUUUUUUUUUUCUGAACAACUGAUAAUAUUAGAAACUAAUGGUCCAACGGGUUAAGACGAAUACAACCGGAAAGAAAUUCAACGGUAAACUGAAAGAUGAGAAUAACUAAAGCAUGGGUUUUUACAUAGUUUUCAAGCUUUUUGUCAUGCUCUCCUUAGCCAUCCCUAUCAUUUGCCAUGCUUUCUUUUUAGUUUUCAUGGUUUUUUUUUUGUUCAACCAUGGUUUUUUUAACAUUGCUUAGUUUUGAUGUUUAGACUUGAAAAUACCAGUCUAAUUAACUUACACGUCAUUUGAUCGGUUUUUUUGAAAUCAGGUGUUACUGUUAUUUUAAAAAGAUGGUCUUAUAUAAGAAUUAUGAGUAAAUAGGUGAGCAGUUAUCGUAAUUGGUAGAUUAUAUUCACGUUACUAUGCUAGUAUAUGAUCGACACACUUCCAUAGACUAUAAAUUGAUAGUCCACUUUAAUUAUCGGAAGUCUUACAGUACAGAAAUUAUAUCACCUAAACCAUUCUUUUUAUAUGUAUUUUGCCAUAACCUCACUCCCUAAACAACAAGAAAAUAAGAUUAUAUUCUCUUUUUGUGUUCUAGUAUUUUCUCCAACAAUUCCAACUAAGGUAAACUAACCUUAAUGUGUUCCCAGCCAGUGUUGUCGACACAUUUUCCAGAGGUGCACUACGUACCUUCAAGCAGAAUUAUUGGGUCAUUAUUGAAACUUUUAUCUGUUUGCAAUCUUUUUUCUUCUAAUCAAACCCAUAUGCUAGUUAAAUCUUUUGGAAAACAAUCCCAUCAAUAAUGUUUCGCGUAUCUUUUUAAAAGUUAAAUUAAGUGUUGAUAUUUUCAAUUAGAGACAAGCUCAUAGUUAUCUUAUAGCUCACAAACCACCCGGCUAUUAAUGUUACACAUACAUUAGUGUUCCUAUUUUUGUCCUCUGACAAAGUUUAUGGGUUUUGAUUUUAUGGUCCUUUAAAAAACAAAGACUAAAGAGAAAACUUUUUUAAAAAAGUGAACAGAGGAGCGGACGUCAGCCGUCACAUGACGGGAGGAAGUGACCAAGUGGACCGAAUAGAAGAAAAGGCCUCGAAAACAGAGAACGGUGCCGUUAGCGGACUAACGGAGAUAGAGUGAUGAAAUGUGGGUCCAACGAUGGAGCCGGAGCGUUCCGUCGUCGGUCCAACCAGUGUUCUUGUAUUUAUUGGACAAAUGUAUCCGUACGGUCUUGUUUUCUUGGUUUCAAAAUCGAACUUUCCUUCUUCACGAUUCUUAAGGCAAUAACCAAUUAACCAUUGACUCAGCUCGACAACAUCGUCAGUAUCUAUGUAUGUAAUACACGUUUUAUACUUGCACAGUUACAAUGACAAUUUGUAUAUUGAUAGGUAAUAUCUGUUCCUAAUUUUCAAAAUAAUCAUGUUAUUUAAUAUUUACAAUCAAAAUUAAACAAAAAGCUCUAACUGUGUUAUUUUCUUUUAACUAGGUAAGAUUCGUUUCGUUCAGAAUUAAACUAUGGAAAUAUAUAUGUGUAUUUAUAUAUUAUAGAAUAGUAUAUUAUAUAUGUAAAGCUAUAAAAACUGUGUAAAAUUAUGUAAAAAGAUUACGGUAAAGUGGAGAAGGUAUAUACUACGUAAAUCUUUUACCAAGAAAAAAUCUUUAUUACUACGAUAUAAAGAAGAAGUCUUGUUGCACAAAAAAAAAAGUCUUAAAUAUAUUAAAAUGAUCCACUCUAGCGUCACGAAAAUAAAAAAUAAAAAUCCAAAGGAGGUACCGCUUAUUAAAAAUUGUCCAGUAAAAACAUACUUUUAGUUACAGUUGCCAAGUAAAAAUGUGCACAUUGUACACUGUGAGAUCGAAUUUCUAUGAACUUAUCGUUGUCACAAGAACUUGUCAUUGUGUAAUGAUUAUUCUUCCGGUCACCAAAGCAUUUUUUACCAUCUUAUAUUUAUUGCAUAUUGUAUUGGAUAGAAUAUUCUAAAUAUUUUAAAAUUAAUUUACUCCACAUUCCACUAAAAACUACAAACAAGUGAAAUACAACUUUUUAUGCUUCACUCUAUUCAUUUUUUUAACGAAGAAAAAUAUAUGCUCAACUUUACUCGUCGUCUUUUUGAAUGAAAAAAUAUAUUGAAGUGAAAGAAUCUCGAACUCUCAACGUCAUGGUCACUCAAUUUUAUUCCAUAUUUUGCUCUAAUAAUAAUAAUUUAUAUUAUUACUUUUUUUACUCUUAUUUUCAUCAUUUCAUUCUCUAUCAUUUUUUCACCUUUUUAUUCCAGUAUACUCUAAUAAAGCCAAUCAAAAUCUUACUCCUAAAACGAAACUUGAUUUGUUGAGAGAUAAAAACUUAUUAUCGUUACUUUUUCCUAAUCACCUAUGCAAAAAAUAAUUGUAUUUAGAGGAACACUUUACUAAAUCAAACAAAAAUGCUAUGGAAUUAAAGUGAUUACAUACAUGACUUAGAGAAUGGAGUUAACAUGCUCAUCUAGGGCACCAUGCCUAGUUUUGACUGGUGUAGUAUUAUACAAUAAUCAUUUCACAUUUAUUGACUCAUAAUCUCUAUGUUUUAUAAUGUAGGAUGUUUUAGAAGGUCUAUGGUAUAUCUAUAUCUAUGAUGGUAGUGUGGAGAGAUACAAAAUGUAAAAUUCAAAAUGUAAAUGUUUUAAUAUUUUAGAUUAAUUAACUUUAUUUAAUAUGUUCUACCAACAAUAUUUUACAGUUUUUAAUGAAUGGUUAAAUUAUUUUUAGUUUAUACAUUUAAUAGUGUUUUUCUUUAAAAAACUUGAAAUGUGUGUUUUUAUACAAAACACUAUACAUGAUUUGGAAAGUAAAAUUUUCUAUAUAUUUUUCUUGUUCUACAAAGAUAGAUUUUCUAUUUUAUUAACAUACUUUGUAUAUUUUUGAGAAGCAUUAAUUAGAAAUAUUUGAAUUCAUUAAAUUUUAUUGGUGGAUAAUUAUUCGAAAGUGUAUAGAAAAGUUAUAUUAAAUUGUAAACAUUAAUUAAAUUCUUAAUAAGCAUGAAUAUUCUAGAAAAUCUUGGUUUCGAGGUAACGGAGAGACUAUGAAACAUAUGGCAUAUCAAACAAUGUUUAAAACUAAUAUUAUAUGUUGUGGUUCAGAACUAGUGGAUUACGAAAUUCAGCCCCAAACGUCUUAGUGUUAAAAAAUUUUAAAAAUCUAUACGUAAAAAAAAUCAACAACAUUUAUCACAACUAUAUUUUAUAGGCUACAUGAAAUGAAUUUUAAAACAAAUUAUAAUAUAUAGUAGCUCAAACAGCGAGUUGAUCAAAAAAAAAAAAAAGUAGCUCAAACAGCGAAAUAAUUAAAGUACACUACUGUACAUACAGCCAUAAUGCAUAUUACUGAUGUUGGGAGAACUGUAUAGCAGAGAAGAAGCAAAUAAAAAACUGAAGGGAAAGACAAGACCAACAAACGGCUUCAUGGUUCACAUACCCUGCAAAGAAAACUUGUUGCUUUCUUUGGCAAUAUAGCAUGGGCUUCCAAUAUCUUUUGCCCAGUUUUAUACUAUUAUAUCAUGUACCUUUAUUUACAUUUUAUAUAAUCACAGUAUAACAGUACGUUUAAUACAUCACUGUUCACUCUACAUACGUAAGUGAUUUUAAAACUAAAUUAGGUAGAUCUAUUAAUUCUCGGUACACAGUGAUAAGGAAACUUAAACUAAGACAUUGGAUUACUCUUUACGUUUCAAAAGAAGAUCCAUGUUUUAAGAAAAAAGUUGUUUCAAAAAAAUACAAUUUUUAUAUUUUUAAUGUAUGAAUUAAUGGUAAAUUGUAAACUUAAAAAAACAUAAUUGUGUUUAUUAAAAUUUUAUUGGUUCAAAAUUAUGGAAAAUAGUUAACUACGUAAAAUAAUGCAUUGUUAAUCCAAAUUUCAUAUAUUUUCUUAAUAUGUGUAAGGAUUCUAAACAUACAUUUUGUUUAAAAUAUAAAGAGUAUAUAUAAGUUAUAACCAUUAAAACCCAAGAACAAAGAACCAACCAUGAAAUAUUUUUGAAUAAAUCUUAAAACGUGUCCAUCUAAUAAAAACUUUUUACAUUGAUUGUUUCCUAUUUUGAAAAAUUGCUUAUGAUAUUUUUUCAGUAUCUCUGCAAAAAAAGCAUAGUUUAUUUUUAUUUGUAUUUAAUUUAUAUAUCAUUAAAUUAUAACAAAUUUAGAGGUAUUAUAUCGCCAAUCUCAGUUCCAUAUAAGUCAAUUAGAUCAAAUACUUAACUAGCUCAUGUUCUAAUUUUGUGACAAAGCGUGAUUUCAUAUACAUGAUUACAACAUCCAAUUAACACUACUUAGCAAAUUAGGUGACUUGAAAUUUCUGUAAAACUGUGGUCAUAACAUGCAUUUGUAAAGAAAAAACACGCAAGUUUUGCCACCUUUUCGUAUGAAUGCUAUUAGAUACGAACACUAGUGACCAAUGAGAAGUGUUUCCCGAUUGCAUCAAAACAUUUCAACUAGGAUUGGUCAAAGGGUUUCAAACUCAGUUAUAGUAAUUACUUUUUAUUGCAGAAUGUAACUUACGACUAAUAUCUUUCAUAUUCGCUACUUAAUUUACCUCUCGACCCAAAUUUAGAAAAGCUAGUGAACUGUAAGGCGCUUUGUUUAUACUUUAUAGUACUCGCUUAAAUUUUGCAGGAAAGAGAGAAAAAAUAUCGAAUUUCAAUCACAGUUAAGAAGUAAUACAAUGAUUCCAAAAAAAUUACAGUGCAUUUUUUUGGCACAACGUCCUAGGUUGUUGUCUGCCACGUUAGCCACCAGCUGUAACAAAAGAGACUGGUAAAGGUUAAAACAAUAAAGAACUGCCCGUAACGGUCCUUGAUUUUCACAAGCAACUUGCUAUGCCCAAAUGACAAAAAGCACACUUGUGGUAAAAUAUAGGAAAAGAAGAAAGCUUCGUACGGAGGUUUUUUAGAUUAAAGACUUAAUCACCUGCCGUUAAGUAUAAUUAAGUAUUCUGGUCAAAAGUAGGACUGGCCGUGUCUCCGGUAUCACGUGACCUGAAUCUCCAAUUACGAGACCAAUUAAAAAAGAUUAGUAUAAUUACUUUAUUUGGAGUAAUACUGUACAUGUUUUUUCUCUUUGUCACCUACCAGGGAAAGGCACGUCCCAGCCGUUGGAUCAGACCAAUUUUAUGUAACACAUGUCAAUUCAUUGACUUGUGCAUUUGUUUUCACAGGCGAUAAUCUCGUCAAAUUACUUUUUGAAACAAUCGAAUUAGAUAUUUUCUAAUUUCCUUUUGAUUUAUUUUCUUAAUGUUCAUGUUGCCCAUUAAGCAUUAAUAUACAUAUUAAAAUACUAAGUAAAAAAAUUAAUUAUACAACUACUUUAAUUUCAGUUCAAUAUACAUUCAUUUUUAACGAGUAUUCCCUCUAUUUCAUAAAUAAAUAGUUUUAGUAAAAAAAUUAUUUCAUAAUAUAAAUAUUUUUAAUACCUCAAUACAACUUUUAUAUUUAUUGAACAUUGUAUGACUAAUUAAAUUGUGUAUAUUUUUAUAAUCGGUUGAAUUUAUAUAUUAAAUGAUAUUUUAACAAAUAACCAUUUUAUUAAUAUUUGUGUGUUUUAACUAAAAACUACCAAAAAUUUAAAACAGAAGAAAUAUAGUUUUGCUAAUUGUCUAUAUUCCAUUUGAUAUCGCCAUUAGCCCUUGUAUAUAGCUUAAGAGUUCACUCUUUCUUUUGCACAAUGCAUGAAAAACAUUAAAAAACGAGUUGUAUGGAAAUAUUUACAUACAAAAAUUCAUGUUUAUCUAGUAAAUUUGUGCGAUUAAUUGGAGAAAAUAUUUUUUUACAAUAUACCCAAAAAACAAGUAUCGUUAAAGAGCAAAAAAGACCCGGAGUGAACACUUAUCAGCCGUUUCAAGAUCCUAUAAAAUAGUCACUUCUUCUCUCUCUCUCUCUCUCUCUUUACUUACAUGUGCUCUGCCGCUUUUAAAUCUCCAUCUUCCUCCCCGUGUCACUCUUUCUCACACUCUUCAAAAAAAACAUUUUCUUUCCUCUGCUGCACACUUGAAAAUUUCCAGGAAUAUUUCCAAGAAAAACCAGCCUUCUCUCCAAAAGAAGCAUCUUCCUCUUUCUCUCUCGAUAACCAAACGGUGUGUUUGUGUUGAUUCCAUAAGAAUAAUAACGAAAAGCUCUUUUUUCUUUAACUUUUCCGGGAAAAUCUUCUCUUUCCCAACGUUUCUAUCUAGCAGAUUUCUUCUCCUUCUUUGAUAAAGGUUUUUGCAGAGAAGCAUCAGUCUUUGUCUCUCUCUUGUUCUUCAAGUUUCUUCCUCUUUUCUUUCAAAAGUCCAUCUUUAUCUUUGUCUCUUCCUUUAUCAUCUUUUUGCUUUCUAAUGCUCUCUCUCUGAUAUAAACACAACACAACACAAGUCUAACUAACCGAAAGAGAUAAGAAAUGGAACCGGAGAAGAAUCUUGUUCUCCCCCCGAAUAUCAAAUUCACCGAGCACAAAACCAACACGACAAGAACCGUACCAGGUUUCAACAACCACCACCUUCAACAUCCAAGGAUUAUCCGCAUAUCCGUCACCGACCCAGACGCAACAGACUCCUCCAGCGACGACGACGAAGAAGAAGAAACACACCAACGCUUCGCCUCAAAACGCCGUCGUAUCAAGAAGUUCGUAAACGAAGUAGUUCUUGAUUCUGGUGCUGCUAGUACCGGUUCUAGUACUCAAAUCGAACCGAAGAGGAGAAGAAGGAAGAGAGCGGUUAUCGUCAAACCGGAACCAGCUUCUGCUCCUCCGGAGAAGAAAUACCGAGGCGUGAGGCAGCGCCCGUGGGGAAAAUGGGCGGCGGAGAUUAGAGAUCCGCUCCGUCGCGUACGCCUCUGGCUCGGAACUUUCAACACGGCGGAGGAAGCCGCCUUGGUUUACGACAGCGCCGCCAUUCAGCUCCGUGGCCCCGACGCUCUCACCAACUUCUCCGUUCCUCCGCCGUCACCGGUCGAGAAGAAGGCCAAAAUCAAAGACGACGUCGCUUCUUCCUCCACCAGCAGCGACAUACUCCGUUCUCCGGUGUCUGUUCUUCGAUCUCCGUUCACCGUCGACGAAACUUCGGCAGUUAUCGUCAAGGAAGAGCCCUCGGCGACGACGGUGUCGGAGACUUUCUCCGACUUCUCGGCGCCGUUGUUCGCAGACGAUGAUUUGUUCGAUUUCCGGAGCGACUUUCUCGCCGGCGACUUAUUCGGAGAAGAUCUCUUCGCAGAUACGACGUGCACGGGUAUGAACUUUGGAUUCGAUUUCGGAUCUGGAUUAUCCAGCUGGCACGUGGAGGACCAUUUUCAAGAUAUUGGGGAUCUAUUCGGGUCGGAUCCUCUUGCUGUUUAAUAGUAUAUUUUAUAAAUAAAAUAGUUUACCGGCCGUUUAUUAAACGGACGGCGAAGUUUUGUACCGGUGAGAUAUAGCCGUGAUGUUUGUAUUAUCUUUUUUUUUGGGUACUUUUUGUGGUUAUAUGAAAUGAAAUUGUAUUAAUGUAGUUAAUGUUUCAAUGGUAAUAUUAAUUAAUUAUUUACGUUUAAGUU